AUGGUUAAUCCUACGUUCGAAUACUCUGCGUUGCGUACGCAUGUCAAAGAGAUCAGACUGCUCACUCUCUUACCAGGCUCGUUCGAGGACAGCAUUCGUCUGCAAAUUCGUCAUGUCGAACUAACCCAGCCGACUGAACGGAAUGUCCAACGUCUAUCAACUGCAGAGUUACAGAAGACCUUACCUGCCGGCUACUAUGUAUUCGAGACGAAUCAAUACCAGUUCCGCUACCUCUUUGAGAAGGACGACACCGAAGAAACCUCGUGGAGCCACCCUGACGAGAGCGUGGAUCCUGUGAGCUACCAGCCUCUACUAGAGAUCCCAGGACCAGAUUACGAGCCUGCCUAUGAAGCACUGUCAUACACGUGGGGCAGUGUGAAUGACCCUGAAACGGCUUACAUUGUGCAACUCAUGUCGAGCAUCUAUCGAAAUGCGAGACGAGUGGUCAUCUGGCUCGGCCUUGCGUCUGCAAACAGCAGACUUGCAAUGUCAACACUUCACUACCUUGGCCAGCAACUGGAGAUUGACAGCGAGCAUAUUCGCUACCGUUCCCCAGAUGCAUCAGAGCCGGACUGGUUUCGCUCACUAUGCGCGCUGUUCUAUGACGUUGAGACCUGGCAAGCAAUAGAGGAGCUGGUGCAUCGAGAUUACUUCGAAAGGCUAUGGAUCUGGCAAGAGGCGUCACUGGCAAACUCGAGGGCCAUAGUACUGUGCGGUCAAGACGAGAUUCCCUGGCAGAUUUUGCGGAAGGCGGUCGUCUGCCUCAGGACGAAGAACCAACUUCCGUCGAUCACAUUGCGGCAUCGUCUGUCUGUCGUCGAACCUAUCACCUACGAUCGGCAGAACUGUACUCUGAAAUUGCUGCUCAUCACCAGUCGCGAGCGCAAAUGUGCCGAUCCUCGAGACCACAUCUAUGGAAUCAUGAGUAUCGCAGGGCCGGCACUGAGCGAACGAAUCGUGCCCGACUACACCAAGGAUACAGCCCAACUUUUCACCGAAGUCGCGAGAAUGUACAUCGAGACUACCAAUCGCCUUGAUGUUAUAGCCUGCUGUGACUUGUCACUUCCGAAUCCACGUCGCUUGGCUUCGUGGGUACCUGAUUGGAAUGUUCCUCUUCACACCCACGGCCUGUCGACGUUCAUGUUGGCUAGUGGCAUAUCAUCAAGUAGCGUGGCAUUCCGGGAGAAUGGCGCUCUACAGGCAGGUGGAUUCACUCUCGCGAAGGUCGGACAAGUAAGUGAUCGAUUUCCGUGGGAUUCGAGAAAAAUAUUCCAUAGGUUGAGAUCCACGAAAUCGUGCGACGCGGGAGACGAGUACGUCACUGGGGGCACAGUCUUCGAUGCAUUCUUGCGCACUCUGAGAGCUGGGUAUCUCGAUGACAUCUGGCCGACGCUGUCUGCGCCGACACUCGAGGAGUGGCGGGACGACUUUUGGGAGUGCGUCGUCGAUGGCGAUGAGACCGUGCUCAACGAUGGAGAGUUCAUAUGGUGUUUGAAUCUGGUCAAGGGAAGGACGUUGAUAAGGAGCAGAGCGGGCCACAUCGGAUUGGGGCCACCGAACACACAGCCUGGCGACAUCAUCUGCACACUUCUCGGCCUCCAAAGCCAACUCAUGAUCCGAAGAUGUUCCUCCAAUACCCAUCAAAUUGUUGGCGAAUGCUACCUCAACGGCACCGACAACUGCGUUUCAUUUCUUGGACCCCUGCCAGAUGGCUGGAUUCCGUUCUACGACAAGCGUGAUUCAGGUUACGGCGCUGCUCGUAAGUAUAGGAGGCCUGCGACGGGCGAAGUCACAGAAGACGAUCCUAGGUUGCCGCCGUUGGACGGGUGGGAGAGGUACUACCGCGAAAGCCAGCCGGAUGAUCCUGGAAGUUUCGCGUGCUUUAGGAACAGUGCGACUGGUGAGGAGGUCAAUGCUGAUCCUAGAUUGACGGUGGAGUCCUUGAAGGCUAUGGGUUUGGAAGUGGAGGAGUUCUGUUUCGUUUAG